AUGCAAGUAAUAAGCAGAUGGUAGCCAUUUUGGUUGUGAACAAAGCUAUUGGUGAUCUUUUUGGGAUUAAAUUUUCUUAAGUGCUCACUCUGCAGUUAAUUCCAACCACGCAUUACUAUGCUUCAGCAACUUUUUUAUGUGUAUUCGUAGCCAUGGCCGAUAGAAGAAAACUCCAAGGAGAAAUAGAACGGUGUCUAAAGAAAGUCAGUGAGGGCGUGGAGCAGUUCGAAGACAUUUGGCAAAAGGUCUACAAUGCCACAAACACCAAUCAGAAGGAAAAGUAUGAGGCUGAUCUUAAAAAGGAGAUUAAAAAGCUCCAGAGGUUACGAGACCAAAUUAAAACAUGGAUGGCGUCCAGUGAGAUCAAGGACAAGCGGAUGCUCAUGGACAACCGAAAGUUGAUCGAGACGCAAAUGGAGAGGUUCAAGGUGGUAGAACGUGAGACAAAGACCAAAGCGUACUCCAAAGAGGGGCUGGGAGGAGCUCAGAAGGUGGACCCAGCUCAGAAGGAGAAGGAAGAUAUCACCAACUGGCUAGCAACAUCUAUCGCCAGCUUGAACAUCCAUGUUGACCAGUUUGAAUGCGAAAUUGAAUCCCUCAUGAUUGGUGCAAAGAAGAAGAAAAAUGACAGCCAAGACCGAGUGGACGAACUGAAGACCCUCCUGGAGAGGCAUCGAUACCACAUCCUCCAACUGGAGACGUUGAUGCGUGCCCUCGACAACGGCACUGUAGAAGUGUACAAGAUCAAGAAGAUCAAGGACGACAUUGAGUACUACAUCGAGUCCUGUCAGGAACCUGACUUUGAGGAGAACGAGUUCAUCUACGACGACCUCGACCUGCGGGAGAUGACGGACUAUUUGGCCAAGGGACCUGCAGCUGCACCUGCCACUGAACUCGACCCUUGUUUCUUAGGUACAACGGGGCAGCCCAACGCGUUACAAAACUCGACGGCAGUGGUAAACUCAACAGACCACUCUACGGUGUCGUCCGGCACCGUGGACGGAGGAGUAGCCGGUGAAGAGGAGGGCUCGACGGAACCCUCGACCAACUCCAGUUCCCCAGCGCCCUCCCCAGGACUUGUCAAUCAUUCCAGGCCCAAUGCAGCGGACGUGUGGAGCUCGCAGAAACCGCUCAACUGCAGCGGGCCCUGUGAAGGCCGGGAAGGCUGUGAACCCUGUCCGAGCGAGGGGGCUCUAACGAUGGAUACCUGGCAGUGGCAAGUAUCGAUGACCCAAGAUACCGAUAAGGCGAACCAACCUACGAAGAUGCAGGUGGUGUCUCAUGUACCUAACAUGACCAAUGCAACGCAGAACAGCAAGCCUUCCAUUCUCCAACCCGGUUCUAGGAACAACAGCAGCACGUCAUCCCACGGCGGCACCGCCAACAACGGCUCGUUGACAGUCAAUUCGCACCAAAACCAUACCGUGGCGUCUCCGCCCUCGACGCCGUACGCCGUGGCAGCGGCAGGAGUCAAUAAAGCGCCGCUGCUGGCACACGGGGACUGUAACGCUGUGUCAUCAGGUGUGAAGCAGAACUACUCGCAACAGCAGCAAGGAAUGUCCUCCAUGCACAAUUCUGAAGGAGGACCCCUUGAUGGGAUUGUGAACAAUGUACCCUCAUCUCCACCUUUAGAACCUCACCAUCCAUACCACCAUCAGGCCUCUUCACCGGUUCAUGCCAUGCACAACAGCAACACGACGUCUGGUCAGAGCCUGAUGCAAUGCGGCUCCCAAUCGCAAGUAAAGUUGUCCAAUAGCACGGCCAACAUGAACGACGUGGGAGGCAACGCGCCCUCCACCUUGUACAGCAUGGCAGCCCAGGCAGCCAACACGGGGGCACCGGGACGACCGUGCUCUCCCUCCCUCGUCAUGAAUGGGCCCUUGCCUGACAAAGGAAGGGGAGAGAUGUCGGAGUCGAUGUCCUCCCUCAAGUCCAUUGCCCAGCAGGCGGUGCUCAACGCUGGCUUGGAGAGUCAUCUUCAACCGUCUCCACCUCCGACGCAGUCGCACACUCCAUGUGAUAGAGGCUUAUUUGAUAGCUUAUCCUCGCACGGCAUGCCUAAAGCCCCAAGUGCUCCCACGGGGAUGAUGGCACAGUCGGGUCAGUCAGGGGGAGCUGGUGCUCCGACGCCACCAGCAACGGCGGAGGCGCACAUACCCCCGUUACUAGGGGUAGCGCCCCUGGGCUCUGCACCCCUGUCGAAGGAGUGCUACUACCACCUGCACAUGCUCGAAUCUGCCUCCAUGCACAUGCCUCAUCCUUCAGACUCCGAACGACUUCGGCCGUACACCCCUCGAAGUCCGUGCAUAGUUCCGAGUUUCUACCCGCAGAGCUUGCCUCACUGUGACACGAUGGACUUCUUUCAAAAGCUCCCCACCGAGGCGCUCUUUUUUGUAUUUUAUUACAUGGAGGGAACAAAGGCACAGUACCUGGCAGCCAAGGCCUUAAAGAAGCAAUCGUGGAGGUUCCACACGAAAUACAUGAUGUGGUUCCAGAGGCACGAGGAGCCCAAGACUAUAACGGACGAAUACGAACAGGGGACGUACAUUUACUUCGACUACGAGAAGUGGAGUCAACGGCGCAAAGAAGGUUUCACGUUCGAGUAUAGGUACUUAGAAGACAGAGAUCUGAACUGAGCGCCACCUUUUUUUCUCAUACUGCCGAGAGAAGGACAGGCUGUUUGUUUGUUGCUUUUGUCUGUCGCGGACACACAUCCCUAUGCCAGGCAACCACUGGAAUUUUCACACAACAACGCCUCGCACUUUUGUGAAUGAAAAGAAAAAAAAAAUACUGGAAAAAAAGGAAACAAAAUUAACACGUGCAGCCGUUUUCGUCACCGGGGAGGGGGGCAAGAGGGCUUGUAGGUUCCAAGGUUCCUAUGAACAGAGAGAAAAAAGUGGAUUUUGAAAACAGAACACUGCCAGAGCGUCUGCUCUGCCUAUAUGCCAUUUGGCGGAGCUUCUGCGUUCACGUCUCUCCGGGCUGCCUUCCCAUGUUUUUUAAAUAACGCAUUACACAUAAAACACACACAUGUACAUACAGAGAUACGCCCUCGCUGCAAGGCAGUCCGACGACCGAGACGCAGAAACGAUGCCAGAGUAGCUUUCGGACGAUGCACACGCUCUGCGCUUUUUGAUUUGAUUUGAGACGUCUUCAGCACAAUCCUUGACAGAGCUGUGACAGUUGUUGCUCGUAACGACUUGCUGUGCAUGAGACGCUAGAGUGAGUUCUGUUUAGAAUAACUGCGAAAGAAAAAUGGUUCGCAAAGUUUUUGGGAUGUUGGGGGGGGAAGUAGUACUAGUAGUAGGGGAAGGGGUACUCGGGGAGGGACGGGCAAAAUUUAAUCCCUAUGAAAAGUGUACAGUAGAUGUGCAAGCUAGGCCCAACUGCCUGUUUGUCCACAGGCAAGCGUUGUAGCAGUAGGAAGACCGUUGUUCGAGGAUGGCCUCGAGAAAGAGGAGGCGGGAAAGAUGUGGUGCGCGUCUGUAAAAUAUGUGCAUGGUCAUGUAAAUGUGUGUAUAUAUUAUAUAUAUAAUGUACAGAAGGAGUGAAUGCCGUAGCGGAAGCGCCGACAAGCGUGGGGUGCCGACGAUGAGGGCAGCAGACUGGGGGAAAAAAAUUUUUUUUUGAACCAAGUGGAGGUACGGACGUAAAUCUCAAACACUGCCCUGCUUUGUUGGCGGUCCUACUUAAGAGAAGAAAACAGACAAACUAAGCCCAUGCUCUCGAGACCUGAUCGUGCAGGUUUUGAUUGGCAGCUAAUGCACGGCACACGAACGACGGUGAUCAAAACCCGUUUAUUUUGUUUUUCAUGCUAUUCUGUUCAUUGUCACUCAUGUAUAUUUGUUGACGAUGUUUGGGCUGGCGACUCGUGUGUAGUCUUUCUCUUUUUUUUUCUUUUCUUUUUUUUGCCGAAACAAAAUUCCUCGGAGUAGGCGGCUUAUUCCAGCAGACGACGAGCGCCGUCGUCUGCUUCUCGUAACGGGUCACUGGUGCGUCUGUAGACUUGCUUUUCUGUUUGUUUGUUUGUUUCCCAUGUCCAUUUUGCAAUAUGUGGUGCUUCGUUCCGUACUUUUGUCUUAUGUUGUAUUUUUGUGUCACGAAAGCCAACAAAGUGUUCCACUUGCCGUCCAAUGGGCAUGCUAGCGCCGUUGCCGCCCCUCGAUUUUCGUCUGCGCUUCCGUUGGACCCCUCUGUGAGAUUAGGACCGCCCGAAAAUAAAACUGCCAAAAAAGAGUUUUGGACCGAGCCGAGCAUCCUCGACGCGACCGUCUUGCUGCUGCCCAACAUGCCCACUUCCGCGCAUCCGUUCUACCUCGGUACGCAAGUUCCGACGGGAGCUGUCAGUGCAACUAGUCUUCAGCAUGGGGGCAAUAUUGAAAUUAGGACAGACGGUGCGAUAUUCCGCAAGCUUGGGGAGUACUGUCGCAAUCUUUUUUUUUUUUUUUUAGUUGUACGCGGCUUACGAAUUCUGUGAGCUGAACAGUAUUAAAAGACGACGAGGAACUAUGUCCCACUCUGAUUAAGUUAUUCUUUUUCUGGCGUGUAGAAAUGUCUAAGGUAUUGUUCAAGCACGUCCUUUCGGUGAUGGCUCCCCCCUUUUAUGGCAGGGAGGGAAGCAAACAUGUGGCCCGGGUCUCAGAAGGCGCCUGCAUGCACGCACGAACUUACGAAGCAGCAGACAACGGAAUCUUUGCAAUGAGACUGGACACAAGCGUACAUAUUUGAGACAUUGCAGGGAAAACAUUGUUCUGUCACAGCAGUGGUUGCAUAUUCGUGACCCUUGUUUAUUAUUGUUUUUAUUGUUGCUUAAUCAAUUCGAAAGUAUCAGACAAGCCGUCUGCUGGAAAUGGGUGGUAGGAAAGAAAUGCAGCGUGGAGAUCUCGCAAAGGCAUUGUAAAUAUUCUAAGAAGGGGAAGUUCCCAAUCCUGGACUUUAAAAGUCCCUCUACGUGAAAAAGCAAAAAUAAAAACUUUCGUUCGUGAA